CUCGAACGACCCGUCACCAACAAGAAGAUAGGAGCCUCCAAUCCAUCUCCAAGAAAGCGAAAAAAACCCGGCUUCGCCGGAGAGAGAAACUACAAGGACGCAGCAUCGACCAGCUGGCCGCGACGGAGCCCCCGACGCCGCGUACCGAACAAGAAAAGGGAAAGAACGAAUAAAAUCCAUCAUCCAGAAAUAUGCUACUGCCUCGUAUUAAUCACCGCCUCCUCCUCCGCCACUCUCCCUCUCCUCCGUCCUUCGUUCCCUUCCCCUCCUCCUCUCCUUCGAGGUUUCCGUCCUUUCCUAAGACCGCGUUGCCGGCAUCCAAGCUUGUGUCCGGAGUAAUGACGGCGGCAAUGGCGGUGCGGCCACCGAAGCUCCUCUUCCGCCAGCUGUUCGAGAAGGAGUCCUCCACCUAUACCUACCUUCUCGCGGACGUCGCCCAUCCCGACAAGCCCGCUCUGUUGAUUGAUCCGGUGGAUAGAACAGUUGACAGAGAUCUUUCCGUUGUUAAAGACCUGGGGUUGAAGCUCAUUUAUGCCAUGAAUACUCAUGUCCAUGCUGAUCAUAUCACAGGAACAGGCUUGAUAAAGGAUAGGGUGCCUGGUGUGAAGUCCAUUAUUUCCAAAGCUAGCAAUUCAAAAGCAGAUCUUUUAAUAGAAGCUGGGAAUAAAAUAUGUUUUGGCAGUCUGUUCCUGGAGGUGCGAGCUACUCCUGGUCAUACUUUGGGUUGUGUUACAUAUGUAACAGGAGAUGGGCCUGGUCAACCUCAUCCUAGGAUGGCAUUCACUGGUGAUGCAUUGCUUAUACGUGGCUGUGGAAGGACAGAUUUUCAGGGAGGGAGUUCUGGUGAGCUCUACCAAUCAGUGCAUUCACAGAUAUUUACAUUGCCAAAGGACACUUUGGUGUAUCCUGCUCAUGACUACAAAGGUUUCACUGUUAGUACAGUUGGAGAAGAGAUGCUCUAUAAUCCUCGUCUGACAAAAGAUGAGAUCUGAACUUGCCAUAUCCAAAAAUGAUUGACGUAGCAGUGCCUGCAAAUAUGGUCUGUGGACUGCAAGAUCGGGUGGUAAAGGCCUAACCAUUCCUUUGGCCAGGUCUGGCAGGUUAAAGUCCCGGAAAUACCAUAUGAAAGAAGAUGCGGCUUCAUUUGGUCAGUCAUGUACGUGUCUACAUUAUUGCACUGGUAAUACCUGAUCGUUCCAAGGAGCUUCAGAUAUACCAAACUCCUUGUCAUAAAUUUAAGUGUUAUCCAUCAUCAUGGCGUAUCACUUGCCAUUACCGUUUCUGAUGAAGAAAAUGUACAAAAAGCGCGCGGAAGAAAUAAAAAAGUUUAAAUUAUGUGUAUGGAAACAAACUUUUGCAUCCAAAGAUAAAAGUACCAACAUAUUGCGAA